AUGUUACCAGUUUUAUUUAUGAGAAUUUACCAAUUACUAGACGCACGCCUUAAGUUCGAUCGCAUCGUCGACGGCGUGCGAGACGGACGGCGCGUCGGAGGGGUCGGGGUGGUGCGGGGUGGCGGCGGGCGCGGCGGGCCAGGGGCGGCGCUGCGCGGCGCGCACUCGCUGGACUUGCUGGCGCCGCGCCGCGAGUCGCGCCGCGCACUGCGCCGCGGACACACCUCUCGUUCGCUCGACGCCGACGUUGCCGUCUCCACCGUGUCCGGCCCCCUUUUCAACGGCACCAUCAUCGGCAUCGUCACCGACGACCCGCCCAAAACCGCAGAGGACAGCCCCCUUCUGCGCAAGUGCAGCCUCCACAACAAACUCGAACGCCCCAAGCGCAAGGUGCACGACGCCAACUACAUAGAGUUCUACAAGAAGUGGCGCUCGCUGGAGAACAUUGCGGACGUCAAGAGCGACAUGCGCAAGAUGCCGCGCUUCGCGAUCCGCUCGUGGCUGCUCGGCAUAUUCAGCGGCACGCGCAGCAGCAGUUCCUCGCUACGUCGCGCGCCGCCCCUGCUCGACCGCGAGUCUGCCGUGUGA